CUGAUCCCGAAGAAUCACCGAUCGCCAAUACAACCCAACUAAACCCAAUUCGAUAUAAAUUUAGAUAAUAGAAGAAGAAGAAGAAGAAGAAGUGAAAUCAAUUAGGGGGGAUAGCAAAGAAGUGUGCGGAAUAAUGGGGCCUGUGACGACACCACUUCUGCUGAAUAACGGGCAGGAGCAUGGGGAGGAAGAGAAACCGUUGAGCUUUUUAAAGCAGUUCCGAGUCGAGUCCAAGAAGCUCUGGCAUCUUGCUGGACCGGCCAUUUUGACCGCCUUAUGUCAGUACUCGCUCGGCGCUCUCACCCAGACUUUCGCUGGUCUCGUCAGCGAGAUCAAUCUCGCUGCUGUUUCUGUCGAAAACUCUGUUAUUGCCGGUCUCGCUUUUGGUGUCAUGUUGGGAAUGGGGAGUGCUUUAGAGACACUAUGUGGGCAAGCAUAUGGUGCAGGACAGAUGAGAAUGUUAGGGGUGUAUAUGCAAAGAUCAUGGGUCAUCUUGUUGACCACUGCUUGUUUUUUGGUUCCCAUCUAUGUCUUCUCUCCUCCCAUUCUUGAGGCCAUUGGAGAGACCACCGAGAUUUCUGAAGCCGCAGGAAAAUUUGCUAUAUGGAUGCUUCCACAAUUAUUUGCAUAUGCAUUGAACUUUCCAAUACAGAAAUUCUUGCAAGCGCAGAGGAAAGUCCUUGUAAUGACUUGGAUAUCAGCUGUGGUGCUGGUGAUACAUGCAUUCUUUAGCUGGCUUUUAAUACUGAAGCUCGGAUGGGGUCUGACAGGGGCAGCAAUCACUCUGAACACUUCGUGGUGGCUCAUUGUCAUUGCACAGUUGAUGUACAUUUUCAUCACCAAAUCUGAUGGUGCUUGGAGUGGAUUCACUUGGCUUGCAUUUGCAGACUUGUGGGGCUUUGUGAAGCUUUCUUUGGCCUCUGCUGUCAUGUUAUGCUUGGAGUUCUGGUACUUGAUGAUACUCGUGGUGAUUACAGGUCGCUUGCCGAAUCCUCUGAUACCAGUUGAUGCCAUUUCUAUUUGCAUGAACAUUCAAGGAUGGGAUGCUAUGAUUGCACUAGGGUUUAAUGCUGCCAUAAGUGUGAGAGUAUCAAAUGAACUUGGGGCUGGUAAUGCACGAACAGCGAAAUUUGCAGUGUUGGUGGUGUCAGUGACAUCAGUGUCAAUAGGAGUGGUUGCCAUGGCCAUUGUGUUUGCAACAAGAGAUUAUUUCCCUUAUCUUUUCACAACCAGUGAUGCAGUGGCUGAAGAAACUACCAAACUUGCUAUCUUGCUUGGAUUCACUGUUCUCUUAAACAGUCUUCAACCAGUCUUAUCAGGGGUUGCUGUUGGAGCUGGAUGGCAAUCUCUUGUGGCAUACAUCAACAUUGGUUGCUAUUACUUAGUCGGAUUGCCUGCUGGCAUAAUUCUGGGAUUUACAUUUAGUCUUGGAGUCAUGGGAAUUUGGGGCGGGAUGAUUGGAGGUAUUUGCUUGCAGACGAUUAUCUUAAUAUGCGUCACUUCUAUCAGAAACUGGAACAGAGAAGCUGCGGAAGCAGAAACCCGAGUUAAGAGAUGGGGAGGUGCAGUUGCGGAUCAAUGAUUUCUAUAGGAUUCAAGUCUUAAAGUCAGAGGAAACCAUCUUUUCUAGGAGAGAGGAACAGUGAAGGGACAGAUAUUGGCAACUCUGAUUUCUCUGAUUUUUGUCAAAAUAGUUUGAUAAUGGAGAUGGAACAAAGUGAUUGAAUCUUAUCAUUACAUGAUGAGUUUGCCAGUAUCAACUGAUUGAGGCUAUGCUCUUUCAAUAAGAAUCUGAACUCAACAGAUAUUCAAACACCAUGAUUUUGUUGUGCUUAGGAGUGAUUAACUAUCAACCCUUUCUUUCUUUUUUUUUGGUAUUUGGAAGUAGUUUAGUUGUUUUCAAUAACAUAAUGGUGUAACACGAGCAACUUUGCAAAGUUGAAUCUCUUUAAAGAGUAAUUUUGAUUCA